UCUUGCGCAUUUUCGCUGCAGUUUAGCUUCCUUCACCUCCUCCAGCGCCAGCGCCAGCCAGCCAGCCAUGCACGCCGCCGCUGCCCUCCGCCUCGCACGGCACUCCGCCGCCCGCGCACCCGUCGCCCGCCGCGCGCUCGCCACCGCCGCCGCCCACCACGCCGACGUCAGCCCCGCCGCCGCAUCCUCCUCCAAGGCCUCCGUCAUCCCCCUCUCCAACAUCGAGGCCCAGUGGGAGAAGAUGCCCGAGGAGGACAAGGUCGCCGUCCACGCCCAGCUCGCCGAGCUCCAAAAGAGGGACUGGAAGACGCUCUCCGUUGACGAGCAGAAGGCUGCGUACUACGUCGCGUUCGGCCCGCAUGGCCCCCGCAAGCCGGUCUUUGCCCCCGGGGACACGCUCAAGAUCUUCCUCGCGUCCAGCGCCGCUGUCGGUGCCGGUGUCCUGAUCUUCCUGGGCGUGCGCUCAAUGGCCCCCGAGGCGCCGAAGACGAUGACGAAAGAGUGGCAGGAGGCCGAGACGGAGCGCGCAAAGGAGCUCAAGAUCAACCCCAUAACCGGUAUCGCCUCCGAAGGCUACACCGGCAAGGGCUUCGUGUCUCUGCCGUCCAAGUAAUAGACCCUGUAAAACAGCACGCGCGGAGCAAAUGGCAUCUGUUUUUUCUGGUCGUCAAACGGACGCGGCACCCCACUCGGGCGGCGGCGCGCACGCGUCUGCCGCCCUCAACGUUCUUUUGUCGUCAAGUAGACUGUAUAUUCUCGCUAAUGCUAAUGAGAACUAUGCGCGGUCAUGGAGUUACUAUGGA